GCCGAAGCUCGAUCUGUUAGUGCGCAUUUUGUGCUUCAUGUGUCCAUUAUACGGAUCGUAUAAUUAUUGUUUUAAUCGAUUUCUGAUCUAUUAAGAAUUGUUGUAAUAAUAUUCCUUAACUUUCGUACCCCUUUGUCUUGAUCGAUCUUUAAUUCUUUUCCAUCCUCCUCCCCUUUACCACCGCGUUCAAACGCGAUCUUCCUAGUUCGAAACUCGUUCGUGAUAGCAAACGAUUUUGUUUCAACUAAUUUUCUCGGAUUUUUAAAUCAAAAUAAAUAAUAAGAAUAAGAUCGCGCGGUAAAACAACGUCAACCGUAAAUUUCUGAUUCUUCUGCUUUUGUGUGGUUAAAAAGCAAAAACACCCAGUUGUUUGCAAGAUGCCUCUAUCGGAAUUUCGCAAGAAGAAGCUGCUUUACGUCUUCAACGCCUUUUUCGAUGUUAACCAGAGCGGUGCCAUCGAUAAGAAAGAUUUCGAUCUGGCUGUACAGCGGAUCUGCAAUUCCAGACAUUGGAGUGCCGAUAAUCCGAAAACAACGCAGACGAAGGAUACCUUGUUGAAAAUAUGGGAAGGCUUGCAACAACGAGCCGAUUCUGAUCAAGAUGGACAAAUCAGCCGAGACGAGUGGUAUUCUAUGUGGGAAGAUUACGCUAAGGAUCCAGCUAACGCACAUGAUUGGCAACAAACGUACAUGAAAUUUAUGUUCGAUCUUGAGGAUUCCUCCGGUGACGGAUCAAUCGAUGAGAACGAGUUUAGCAACGUUUGUCACAGUCAUGGCGUACAGGAGACUGAGGCUCGUGAUGCUUUCAAAAAAAUGGGGGUGGGUAAAGAAGUAACACGGGACAAGUUCUAUGAGCUUUGGAAACAAUACUUCACCUCUGACGAUCCCAACGCACCUGGAAACUUUAUAUUCGGAAAGACCUCGUUCUAACCGUCCUUUCGCUUCGGAUUCUUACACGACAUUUAUUAUUAUUAUUAUUAUUAUUAUUAUCUUUUCGUUAUCAGCACGUCGAAAUAUGUACGCUAUCGUUAAUUAAUUGAGUAAUUAAUUGUCUUUUUAAUACGCGAUAUGACUCGCGUAGUACAUAAAUCUGGUUUAAAAUUUCUUUUUUCUCUUUUUUAUUCUCUAUCUCUCUGUUUCUUUCUCUUUUUCUUAUAUUCUUUUUGUUUUUCUUUUUCUUUUAGAUUGCAUAGAGCUGAAAGAUAUCUCUUAUAUGAGAAGAAGGAUGGUAAUGAGGAAAAAAAGAAAAAAAAAAUUAUGAUAUCAUAAUAAUUGUUAAUAUCUCGUUGUUUAAUUGGUAAUAAUCGUUGAUAACGCUAUUAAUCGCCGUUAACACCGAAACUAAAUAUUGCGUAAUGUUCUAUAACGUGUUGUUGUAAAUUUAGUUAAAACGAUUUCGAUUCUAUGCGAAUCGUUCUGUGUAAUGUCGUAAAACCAAAACGUAUUAAGAGUUUUAAUAGUUUCUAUAUGUUUGAAUAAACUCAUUUAAUUCAACGAA